AAACGCGGUUGUACACACAAAUACAUUACCACAAUGCAGAGCAUGAAACACAAACAAUUAAAUAACCAACUAACUUCAAGUAGAGAUACUCAAAGACAUAUUUUUAGUGAGUUGAAGAAUCGAAACAAGUAAAAAAAUGGAUCUCCGUGAAUCAAUAACCAACCAAACUAACGUUUCACUCUCCAUUGCCAACCAUUUAUUCUCCAAACAAUCUCAUCAAGACAAGAACGUCGUGUUUUCGCCACUGUCCCUCCAAGUUGUGCUUAGUAUCAUCGCUGCUGGCUCCGAUGGUCCUACACGACAACAACUUCUUGACUUUCUCCGAUUUAAAUCCACUGAUCAUCUCAACUCCUUUGUCUCUCAUCUCCUUUCAGUCAUCCUCAAAAAUGUUACUCCUUCCCAUCAUAAACCUUGCCUCCCUUUCCUCGAAGCUGCUCCUCCUACUACACCUGUCUGUCUCUCUUUUGCCAAUGGUGUGUGGGUUGAACAAUCACUUACUCUUCAAUCUUCCUUCAAACAAAUUGUGACUACUGAUUAUAAAGCCACUUUAGCUUCGGUUGAUUUUCAGAACAAGGCCGAUGAAGUGACCAAUGAAGUUAAUUUAUGGGUUGAAAAAGAGACAAAUGGCCUUAUUAAAGAAAUUCUUCCACAAGGAUCGGUCGACAACUUAACGAGACUCAUCUUUGCUAAUGCGUUGUACUUUAAAGGUUCAUGGGACUAUCCGUUUUUUGCUUGGGAGACGAAAGACUAUGAUUUUCACCUUAUAAAUGGCAGCUCAGUCAAGGUUCCCUUCAUGACUAGCGACGAGAAACAAUUUAUUCGCGCUUUUGAUGGUUUCAAAGUACUUCGGAUCCCUUAUAAGCAAGGUGAAGAUCAACGAAAGUUCUCUAUGUAUUUUUUCCUUCCAAAUGCAAAAGAUGGACUAUCAACUUUAGUUGAAAAGGUGGCUUCUGAAUCUGAAUUACUAGACAACAAGCUUCCUCUUAAUAAAGUGGAAGUAGGAGACUUUAGGAUUCCAAGGUUUAAUAUUUCAUUUGAACUUAAAACUUCUGAUAUGCUGAAGGAGCUGAAUGUGGUUUUACCUUUCCUCCCUGGAGGUUUGACUAAAUUGGUGUGCUCUAAUGUGAGUCAGAAGCUUUAUGUUUCCGAUAUAUUUCACAAGUCUUCUAUUAAAAUAAAUGAAGAAGGUACCGAAGCUGCUGCGACAACUGCUGUAAAUGUUAAAGCACAAUGCGCCAGGAUUGUUCCAACUCGAUUAGACUUUGUAGCUGAUCACCCUUUCAUGUUUAUGAUUAGAGAAGAUAUGACUGGAACAAUCCUCUUUGUUGGAUGGAUGCUCAAUCCUCUUAUCGAGUGA